AUGAGCCGCUACGAAGGCUUCGGCGUGGUAAUCAACCCCGACGGAACAAUGACCCGCCGCCGCCUGCCGAUCGAUUCCAGAUCCGAACCCUGCCCCAAUCCGACCCAGUCAAUUCCAGUCCUCUCCAAGGACGUUCCCAUCAAUCAAUCCAAAAACACCUCCAUCCGCCUCUUCUUGCCCAAGCAAGCAGCAAUCAAUUCUUCCCCUCCGCCCAAAUUGCCGCUCCUGAUCUACUUCCACGGCGGCGGAUUCGUCCUCUGCAACCCGGCCUCAACCAUCUUCCACGACUACUGCUCAAACGCCGCCCUCCAGCUCCCCGCCGUCGUCGCCUCCGUCGGCUACCGCCUCGCCCCGGAGCACCGCCUCCCCGCCGCCUACGACGACGGCGAGGAAGGCCUGCGCUGGCUCGCUUCCCACGCUGAGGAGGAGCCCUGGCUGAGAGACCACGCCGACUACGGAAACUGCUUCCUGAUGGGAAACAGCGCCGGCGGGAACCUAGCCUACCACGUCGCCCUCCGCGCCGCCAACGGGAUCGCUGCUGGUCAAUUGAAGAUCCGAGGGGUGAUACUGCACCACGCGUUCUUCGGCGGGGUGGAGAGGACCGGAUCUGAGGAGCGGCUGGCGGUCAACCCCAUGCUGCCGCUGGAGUCGGCGGACAUGGCGUGGGAGAUGUGUUUGCCGGUCGGGGCUGACCGUGACCACGAGUACUGCAACCCGAUGGCCGGCGGCGGGUCGGAGCUGCUGGAGAAGCUGAGGGCCGUCGGAUGCAGAGUGGCGGUGAUCGCCUACGAAGGGGACCCGCUGGUUGACCGGUCAAAGGAAGUGGUGAGGAUGAUGGAAGAUAAGGGGAUAGACGUGGUGGCCCACUUCGAGAGCGGUGGGUCCCAUGGGCUGGAAAUUAUGGACGCCGAGAAAGGGAAGGAGUUCAACGGCGGCGUGUUGAAGAAAUUUGUGCAGUCUUGUUUGGCAGCUUAA